GCUGCUCCAGGCAGCAGGAGCCUAACCACUCCCUGUAUUAAUUAAUACCCAUGAAAAACCGAGACUAAAACCCUUUGGGUUGUCAAAGGAAGCGGGGAAUUGAACGGUCCCCAUCACCUGCUCCUCACACCUGGGUUUGAGAAUGUGGCUGGGGGCGGGUGUGGGAUAGGCAAGGGGAGGCAUAACUCGUUAUUCCCUCCCUAUGUACUCAAUUUACCCACAUUGGGCACACCAUCGUAUUUUCUACUUGUUUCUACCCGCGUCUUUUUUGUUUAAUCUCUUCUCGCUGCUUCCCACAGCAGGGUGGGCUAUCACAGACGCGAUGGGACGAAUGGCCCCCUGCCUGAAGUCUGGUUGCAGUCUGCAGGGCUGUGAAGGGUGACCAAUUCUGUCUUGCGACAUGCCACCUCUACCCUCUGUGACCUUCACAGCACUCAGGGGAACAUCCCCAUCAGGAGGAGACCACUCGGCCCCUCCAUCCUGCUCUGCCACUCAGUGAGAUCAUGGCUGGAUGAUUACCCCACAUUUCCGCUUCCCCCACCCCAUCAUUCACCGAUAAUCUGCCUCCCUUUAAAAAAAAAAUGCACAGGGGGACUUGUGGCGGCUGCUCUGUUUCAGAGGCUGGCUGGGUACCUAGAGCUCCUGACAGGGAGAUUUCCACCUUUUGUUUUCAAUUGCCCCCCAGAAUGAAGUGAAUGCUGGACCUGAGACGGGAGCGUAGCCAGUCAAAAAGCGGUCUUGUUUGCAGUCAAUCCUGCCUUCAACUUUCAUGAUAUUUUGGAAGCAGCCUCGGUGCCAGCUGAUGUUGCAACUUUGACAGGAGAGGCAGCGAUUACUGAAAAGGUGUAGCUGUACAAUGAGGGUGGAGGGGCUUGGGAUGGGUUGCCGAAGGGGGGCUGGCACCAGAGGGCUUUUUUCACUGGCAGGAGGAUUGGCAUCUGGAGCAGCCAAAAGAAUGAAUGGGAUCAUGAGCGAUGUUGUCAUGCGUUGGAAUGCAAUAACUCAAAAAGACAAUAGAAACAGGUUCAACAUCAGAUUUCCAAAGGGCUAUGUGAAGGAUGAUUGGGCAUGGGAAGAACACCAGCAGGAAGGAAUUGGGCAAGAUUCUGGAAGAGUGCGCAGCUCUUUUCUCAACGUUCAGACACGGAACAAGAGUCAGCCCCUUAAGCCUGCUCCACCAUUCAAUAAGAUCACACCUGAUCAGAUUUUGGCAUCAUCUCUACAUUCCUGCACAUCCUCAAUAAUCUUUCACUCCCUUGGCAAUCAAAACAGUGCCUUAAAAAUAUUUAAAGAUUCUGCAUCCACUGCCUUUUGAGGAAGGGAAUUGCAAAACACCCCUUAGCCCUCGCAGAGGGGGGAAAAAAAAACUUCUGCCUGCAAUGGGUGACCCUGUAUAUUUAAACUAUGACCCCGAAUUCUCGAUUCUCCCACAAGGGGAAUCCUCCUCUCCACAUCCACCUAGUCAAGUCCCCUCAAGAUGUUGUAUGCUUCAUUGCAGUCAAGUCUGACUGUUCAGAACUCCAGGGGAUAUAGGCCUAGCCUGUCUAAUCUUUCCGCAAGAGGCAAUCUCUUAUUCCAGGUAUGAGUCUGGAAAACCUCUGACUUGCCUCCACAACAUUAACAUGGGUGUGUAAAUACGGUGACCUGCACUGGACGCAGGACUCCAGAUGUAGUCUCACCUGUGCCCUGUGCAACUGAAGCCUGACCUGCCGACUGUUGCAUAAAACAUAAUAUUCUAUCAGCUUUCCUGAUUACUUGUACCUGCACACGAGCCUACUUUGAUAUGGAACUGCAAGGAUAGAGUGUGCAUUUGUAUUGACUGCUGAGUCUGUGUUUGAAUUGUUGUGGAGGGGCAAUUCCAGGUUCUUGACGCACCAGCACCUGAGAUACGUGCGCGGUUCAUUGCGUGCUGAUGUUCCUAUUCUCCAGUCAUCGCAAUGCUCCUCAUUCUGUGAAAUAAACUGCUGCAAGAUUCUUCUGCACAGGGCUUAAAAGGCCAGCUUGUUUGGAUAUGUUCGGAUGUUAUGCUUCAGUCAUACAGGACCUUGGUGAGACUACAGUUUCAGUCCUGUUAUUUAAGGAUUGAUGAAAAUAUAUUGGAUGUGGUUCAGAGGUCGUUCACCCCAUGAAUACCAGGAACGAAUGGGUUGUCUUACGGUGAAAGGAUGGACAAGCUGGGCUUGUUUCCACUGAAGGUCAGAAGAGUGAAGGGCGACCUGUUGCUGUAAUCCUGAAUGGUCUUCACGAGAUAAAUGUGGAAAAGAUGUUUCUCCUUUUGGGUCAGCACUGAAACAUCAGGCAGCAGGAAGCUCGGGUCACCAUGCGGAAGAAUGUCGUGGUAAACUUAGUCUGUGAGGUGGCACUAAGAUUACUCCUGUUUGCAAUAUUCCUGAUUACCGAGACGAUGACUCCAUUCCACCGGAUUAUCCACCCGGAGGAAAUGUGGCUGUACAAGAAUCCCCGGAGUGAGCGGGAUACUGUUCCCACCUGGCACAUGUUUGCCAUUUCCUUCCUGACUCCAUUGAUGGUGAUUCUCCUGAUGAAGGUGCUGAAUCAAUCAGAAAACGGAGAUGUGAAGGAAGGCUGUUUGGCUGCUUCUCUGGGCCUGGUUCUGAAUGGAGUGAUCACAAACACCUUGAAACUUGUGAUUGGAAGGCCUCGUCCAGAUUAUUUCUACCGCUGCUUUCCGGAUGGAGUGGUGACAGAGGACAUGCAGUGCACCGGUGAUCCCGGCUCCGUCCUAGAGGGUCGGAAGAGCUUUCCCAGCGGUCACUCCUCCUUUGCCUUUGCCGGCCUGGGUUUCACCACGUUCUACCUGGGAGGAAAGCUGCACUGCUUCACCUCGAGGGGCCACGGGAAAGGCUGGCGGCUCUGUGUGAUGCUGAUGCCGGUCUACAUCGCAGCCAUGAUUGCUCUGUCCCGCGCCUGUGACUACAGGCACCAUUGGCAAGAUGUGGUGGCUGGCUCUCUGAUCGGACUGACCGUGGCCUAUACCAGCUACCGGCAGCAUUACCCGUCCCUCUCUGACCCCGACAGCCACAAACCGUACCCCAAGACCAAGCUGUCCACGACGCAGGAGCGGAAGCUGUCCAAUCCUACCUUCAAACUAGACGUUUAGAGAGCCAACGGUUCGGCGAAGUGGACCAGGAAACACGAACCCUCUCCUCGCCAUGUAAACUCGCUUUUCCUUUUUUUUUGGAUGGGGUGGGGGGAGCAACGUUUGCACAUAUUUAUAAUGGGACCUUCUGCAGCACUGCAUUAAGUGCGCAUAUGACUCUCUCUCUCUCUCUCUCUCCCACACACAUAAACACCCACACACACAAACACCCACACACACGCGUGCACACCCCCCCCCCCACACACACACACACACACACACACACACACACACACACACACACACACACACACAAAAUACGUGUGCAAAGCAAGGGAAUUAAAUGGACCAGCAAGACACCAGAGCAUUCAGAUUUCAUUAGUUCAUGAAGUUAAUGUGACUGAUUGUCCCCCUUUUCUUAAUUUAUAAAUGGAAGUCUUUUUCUUAAAAUUUUGCUUGAGUUUGAAAAUUCACAAAUAAAAUGCAGACCGUUCGAAGGCAGUGAUACACCAUGGUUGUAACAAGUAAGUGCAUUUCGACUUAGGGCUGGAUGCCUUUCUGAAGGUGAUGACGGUUUGAGUCUCGGAACUUGGCUGAACACCCCAACCCCACCCCCCAUUCCAAGGAGUUAACUUCAGUGCGGAAGCAAACAGCCACAGUGCUAUGCACUGUCUGAAUUCUACACUGUGCUGUGCUCACUGGGACCAGUGCCUGAAGUUCACUCCCCAGAAUAAGAUGAGUCAGUGGUGCACAAGUCCUUUGAUACAUUGCAUUGGUGGUUGCUUUAUCGGUGGAUGUGAUGUGACCAGGGGUUCAAGACAGCUUGGGGGUUAUGCGAUUGUCUGCAGUCUUAAUCAGAGUCGUUGUCAAUCCAGCCUGGGGUCCCCACGAGGUGACCUGGCCCGUUCUGAUGAAUCACCUGCAGGCCAAGUUGGGAAAGCUGAGCAGCCUUCCUUACUGAAGGGACACUAAUGACCCCAUUUGGGUCUUUCCACCAAUCUGACUACUUCUUCAUCACUUUGACUGAUGCCGGGAGUUCAGUUCCGAGUUAAUCCGAGCUAAAACGUACAAACCGUCUUUUUCCAAUUGCCAGGAAUUAGGUUCACAAGGACGUUAAAACUAGGAGCAAGAAUAGGCCAUUCAGCCCAUUGACCCUGCUCCACCAUUCAAUUCGAUCAUGGCUGACCUCAUCUCGACUUCAGUUCCAUAUUGCUGCUGCUCUCCAUGACCUUUCAACCUGUAACUCAUUAAAAAUCUGUCGGUGUGCUCCUUAAAUUUACUCAGCAUCCACUGCACGCUGGAGAAGUGAAUUCGACAGAUUGACAAACCCUUUGAGAGAUGUCAUUUCAUUUCGUUUCUGCUUUAAAUCUGCCAGCCCUCAUCCUAAAACUCAAGGUACAGCCGUCCUCUGAGCCAAACCCGAACAGCUGCCACACUUAGCCACAGCCUUUCACAACAGGUUUAUGGACAGAAUUUUCGUAAGAGUAUGAACCCAUCACUGGUGGCACUCGUUCUGGUGAAACACUCGCUCACUCUGUCACCGAGACACCACAUGGUUGUGGAGGUGGGGACAAUAUACAGUGAGGUACGGAACGGUUUAUCGUAUCAGUGUUGACAUGGUUAUGUCAGGGAGAUGCACUCCAGUUUGCCCUCUGUCGUGUUGUGCGAGGCAUUGGUCAUGUUGCUUCCUGUGGUGAAACCCAUCAGAUUCUGUCUCUCUGUAAGAUCCCAAGGAUUGGUUUUGGGAUUCUUCAGUAAGCACACCUGACCAUUCCACCCUUGCUUACUGUAGAUGGGAAUGAAUGAAUGCAGAGCCUCUCCCUGGGUUUUGCUCCCUGAUCUGACUGCUUGGCACUGCUGUGGGUAUGGAGUUGGGUGGCAUCAUGUAUUUUGUACAGAGUUUUUUGAGGUGGGUGGGGGAACAGUUCUCCCUGGGAUGGUGGUGUUAAUGUGUGACCAUGCUGGUUCCAAUGGCCGUAGACGAACCUGUUGACAUUCCAUGCUCUGCAGGAUGCUUGCCACUCUGCUGUGCCGUGUGUAGGGAAGGACUUGAGUUUGCCAUGGAGUGCCCAAAGUCCCUUUCAAUUUGGAAAGAGAGGUUGGAGGGGUGGGUGGAGAGUGGGAUUGGAUGUGACCCCCAGCCCCUGGACAGCAAGGUCCAGUUGUCUCAAAUCUGUGGACCUGGUUCAGUGCAGUAGCAGUGACUGACACUCACACAGACAUGCACACAUCUCUUCACCCCCAGCCACCCCACAAACCUGUACCAUUUCACACAAGCUGUCGUGCAGGGAUCUAUUGUUGACCCUCUUGUCAAUCGCACUCACCUCAAGCACAGAUUCUAUCAGAUCUGGAGCCUUGUGGCUAUCUGGCAGAUGGUCUGCUCCUGACACUGUGGGCUGAAAUGGUUCACCUUUGUCUCUCAACACUUUGAUCCCUGGCUGCCCAUCUGGUGGUUCUCAAAUAGCAGUCGUUUCUAGCUGCAGGAUAAAUAAUCUCAAGUGUUGUGGCAUCUCCAGCCCUGCUUUGUACAGCUCCCUUUCAUGCCAAUGUAAAUACCCAGAGAAAUAGACACGCUACCAUCUAUGUCAUCAAACAUGCUGCUGCUUUUCAAGAUUACAACUGGGCACAGUUAGAGCACAGACCCGAGGGAAAGGAAGUCUGAAGUACCACACCCUUGGGGUGUUGGUAUUUACCUCCUUACGGAAUGUGAAUUUCACUGGAAUGUGGUGGGUGGGUUGGAGGAACCAAAUGUUGUGUUUGUGAGCCCUGUCUUGUACUGUAAACAUCCAGGGGCAGACUGUGACAUGUUCUAGUCCCACGCUCUUGUGAUAUGUUCUAGUCCCACGCUCUUCACAGCAAGUAAUGUAAAGUCAAAUCCUGUGUAUUCAUGGAAAGUAUUCUGUUUGUGUGGAAAUAAAACAAAGACUGAAAGAGA